GAGAAAGAUGAAAAAAUCACGACUUCUAAAGACCUAGGCUUCAUGGCCGUACAAGAGAUGGGUGACAAGAGGGAGCUUAAUAAGGAUAAUAACUUGGUUAAUCGGCCUAUCCUUGAAGUUCAGAGGCCUUGUUGCUGUCUAUCGUCAUAUGUCACCAAAAAUGUCUUUCCUCUGGAUAAUCAUCACACACGCGCUCAUCUGCAUUGCCGACGGCGGGCUUCUGCAAACCACUUGAAUGAUAUUGCGGAGCCACGAUUACCAAAUGUUCUAGAACAUCCGAAUAUCAAACUAUCUUCUUGCCUUGUCACCAAGUCAACUACGUCCUGUGACGAGCAUCGUGCCCAGCCUCCUGUCUGCGCUAUGCAUCUGGGCCCAACUGUCUCUCAGCUGGAGGAUGUGUCUUUGCUUCAUCCUAGACUUCCUGAUACCUUAGCCUGUGGAGGUGGUGUUGCCCGUUUUGAGAACCGGUGGACAGCUCUGCAAUCGGCCACCUGA